CUGGCUCCACCUGGGCUUGGCCUGGCCUUGGUUGCUCCGGUGCAGUGAGGGCAGAUGAAGUACUGGGUGUGGGGCUGUGCACCUACUCCAAAGCGCCUCCCUAAUCAAAACCUGCCAACUUGGGCGGGCCACCUUGGGCCAGGAGGGACGGAGUGGGCACAGAGGGGUGAGGUAGCAGCUAAAAUAAGAAUAGAAAUAGUAAUAAUGGCAAGCAUAUAGUGCUCCUAUGUCUCUGCCAUUGUUCUAGGCAUUUACCGUGUAUUACUUUAUUUAGUUCUCACAAUACUCUGCGAGGUAGGUGCUUUUAUUCCCAUUUUACAGAUGAGCAAGCAGGCCCAGAGAAGUUAAGCGACUUGCGCACAUCACGCAGCUAGUAGGUGGUGAAGUCGAGAUUUGAAUUCAGACAGCCAAGAUCCAGAAAUUGUAGUGCUCCCGGCAACUGCUACGCUUCAAGAGUUAAAGUCUGCGAAAGUGCUUGUGUAAAGGGCCCCAGCAUGAAUUCUAAGUGAGCAUUGGUUGAGGGCUGUGAACCUGCCUGCAAGGAUUCCCAGAGGGAUGUGGGCAGCUGGGGGCCCCUCCCCCACCCCUUAUCAGAGCCCCCAGACCUGCGGUCUCCCCCCUCCUCCCCCUCUGGUUUCCCUCCGGUCUCCUUCGCUGAUUCCCUGGCCUCCUCUUCCCACCACAUCGCAGCCAUGGCCUUGGUUCUGCAGCUGCUGCCGCUGUUGCUGUGGAGGGCCCAGGGGAACCCCGGGGCUUCACUGGACGGCCACCCCGGGGACCGGGUGAAUCUCUCCUGCGUAGGGGUCUCGCAACCCACCCGCUGGGUCUGGGCACCUAGAUUCCCGGCCUGCAAAGGCCUGUCCAAAGGACGCCGCGCGAUCUUGUUGGCCUCACCGAGCGGGACCCCCACCGUGUCUCCCGUCCAGCCCUUUGCUGGCCGCCUACGUGCCCUGGACCUUGAUAUCCGGCGGCUGGAGCUGCUCCUGAGCGCGGGGGACUCGGGCACCUUUAUCUGCAAGGGCCGCCAAGAGAACGAGAGCCGUACGGAGCUUCACGUGCUGGGGGACCGGGCCUACUGCAGAGCCCCGGGGCCCACCCACGGGUCCGUGUAUCCCCAGAUUCUAAUCCCGCUGCUGGGCGCUGGGCUGGUGCUGGGACUCGGAGUAUUGGGCUGGGCCUGUUGGCUGCGCAGGCGCUCGCCCCUUCACCCGCCUCGACCACCCCCCAGAUUUGUUCCACUCGUGAAAGCGGAGCCCCAGAGGCCAGGAGAGGAGGAAGAGCCCAAGAUUGCAGGGGACCUGGACCAGGAGCCGAGCCUGCUCUACGCAGACCUGGAUCAUAUGGCCCUCAGAAGAUCCUGCCGACUGUCCCCAGUGGUCCCUGCUGAUUCCUCCACCACCUAUGCGGUUGUAGUUCGAAAGGAAGCCCUUACUACCUCACAAGCUGGGGGCUCCCAGCUCUCCAUAACACCCCUCCCCUUCUUGGCCCUUCACCUGGAAAAGGAAGGCACCAUGGGAUAGAAAUGAGCACUAGACUGGGAGUCAGGAGACGGAGGAUCCAGGCUAUCUCUGCUGCUGAUCUUGGUCCUUCCUUACCCCCAUCUCUCACACAGCUUUCAGGUCUCCUUCACCACUGAUGUCCUUUCUAAACCUGAUCAAGCCCUGUCUCCCUAUCUUAAGACAUCAACAACUCCUAGAUUUUUGCCCUAUCUCUUCCCUUCUCUCCACAGUCAAGCUCUUUGAACCAAGGGCCUACACCUUUCUCUUCCAUUUUUUUCUUCACUCCACUCCACUCCCACUGCUCACGUGCUCUCCAUGAGAUUGCCAGUGAUGUCCUAAUAACCACACCCACUAGACAUUUAUUAGCAUUCAUCUGGCUUGGCCUUUGAUUGCUCUUAUUUAAGCUCUGUUUUUCUUUAAUGCUGUCGUCUUCCUUCUGGACUCCUCCUCCUUGCUCCCUACCCCUACAGUAUUCUCCACCAUUCCAGGUUUGUCUUUUUCUUUAUCUGCCUUCUCCCUCUCCUGGGAUGCUGUCAUCCACAGCCAGUCCUCAGCCUUUUUCUCUGCAAGCAACAUCCAGAACUCUCUCCAGUUCAGAUCUCUGAUAUGAGAUUUCCAAACUGUCCCUCAGACAUCCCUGCCUGGCUGGCCCUAGGCAUUCUGCACACAGCAGGUCCAAAACCCAACUCACUGUCAUCUCCCAAGCCACUUACUUAAUCCUUCCUCCUCUGCAUUCUCUCUUGAUCAAACCCAUUGCCCAAGCCAGAAAUGGAGAGUCAUGUAGACCUCCUUCCUCUCACUCCCACGCGAUAAACCAAGUCCUGUCUUUCAAUUUUAAUGUCACUGUCAAGUCCACACCCUUUUCACACCAGCACUGCCACCUGAAUGUACUCUUUAUUUCCUCCCUGGAUUACCCAUAGCCCCACCUCAUCCUCCUGCCCUUGUUCUCCUCCCUGAAGCUAGAGAUAUUCUCCCCAAAUGCUAACCUGCUCCUGACAGCCUAUAUUUCAGCAGUAUUUCAGCUCUGGGCCCAUGGGCCUCAGCUUUGGGUUCAAGGUGCUACAGUACUCUACUUACUCUCCAGGCUUAUCUCUGUCACUCAGUGCCUAGAACAGGACAGCCUUAGAGGAAUUCUCCCAGCCCCCAAAUGUGCCUUUGCCCCGUGCAAUUUCUUCUUCCUGGAUUAACCUUUGCCUCCUCCCCACUAUCUGCCUGGCUAAUUCUUAUUUAUCCUCAGGACUCAGUUCAAGUGUAGCCUUUUCUGGGAAGCUAUUUCUGACCCACUUUGCCCACCCCUGCAUACACUCUGAUGCCCUAGGGAGCCCCCUUAUUUCUCUCAUAGCAACAGCCUCCUGUGAAUUGUUCCAUUACAACCUGUAUUUCAAUUUAUAAGAAAUUUUCAUGUACUGUGAGUCCCCUGAUAUCAGGAGACUGACCCUUUUUAUAUCACCGCUAAGCCUCAGUAAAUGAGUGAAAAUGAAUAUCCCUGGAAAUGUCAUUUCCUCCUAUCAACUAGGGAUGGGCUGUUGAUCUCCCAGUCUCUGAAUCAUCUGACAUUUAGAUAAAUUCAGUGAGUGAUUCACCCAUAUUUUUUCUCUGCCCUGUACAUGCUCCCCAUUAUAGAAAUUCUGUCCUGUCCAUCUUGUGCCCAAGCAGAUAUGACAGGGCUGGACAAUGAGUCAGUGAGCGCUGAAU